AAGAGGUUUUUCAUUUUUCUGACAAACAAAAACGGCUACAGCAAAGAGAAGAAGGAUUACUGUCUGUCUGACCUUUUCCGUUAGUGGGUUUUCUGGAUUUCGACUACUGACUUUUUUGCUUGCUCUUAUAUCUCUCAUCAGGACCAGUUGAGCUCUUUAUCAUAUCCGGAUCUUCUUGCCUUUUGAUCCAGCCGAAUUACAAGUAAUUUGGGGAACAUAAUGGAAAAAAGCGAAAGCUGAGAUUAUACUUCUUUCUUCUUGCACCCUUCUUUUCCUGGCCCUUGGUUUUAAUUGGGACAGCAUAUAAGACAUAAGGUUCCGGGGUGUGUUUCUUGAUCUUUGGUUUGAGUUGUCUUCUCUUGCAUCUGGGUUUCUGAUUUUAUGAUAAAAAGUUGUCUUUUUUCCCCUUAAUCUCACUUGGGUUUUAGAGAAAGAAGGGGAAAAUAUCAUCUUUCGGAAAGUUGAAAAGCUGAGGGGGUUUUCUGCUCUUGUGGGUUGAUUGAAACUUCGUUGUUUUGUUUGAUCUUGGAUUUGGAAGGGCGUUUCAGAACAAAAAUUUCGCUUUAAUAGUGGCUUUGAUUAUUCUCUUCAGAUGAAGAGGGGGACCUGGCCCCCGUAUUUGGAAAAACUGAAGAGGAGGGAAAGAGCACCAGUAUUCAGAUGGGGAAGUAGAGAUAAAAUAUUUGGGUGGAUGAGAAGACAGUCAACUGGUAACACUGUUUUGAUAUGGGUUGAUGAAUCUCGGUUAUUCUUCUCUUACUGAUACCAGGGGUUUUCUGUUUUGUUGAUUGAGUGUUUUCUGUUUUGAAGGAGCUGUAGGAAACCACUCACCUAGCAGGUUUCUGGGCUUAAGAGGAGCUGCUUGUUUAUUAACUCAAUUAUGAUCAAGCAGAUACUUGGUAGGCUCCCUCGGAAGCCCUCUAAGUCGGCUGAAAAUCGUGAAUCAGGUGGAUCCUCUGGCCCUUCUUCAAAUUCUUCUGCCAGUUCAAGAAGCAACGAUCUAUCAAAUAGCCGGUCUAUGAACCCAAACCAUUCAUCUCUUCCAGCCUCUAAUUCUGCUUCAAAUUCUGGGGUCAAUCAUGGGAAUAAGCUUUCAUCAAUCGCAAACUCAAAGAUGAAUGGAAAUUCUGCAACAUGUGCCUAUGAGGCACUGCCUAGUUUUAGGGAUGUCCCCAGCUCUGAGAAGCAAAACUUGUUUAUCAGAAAGCUGAACUUAUGUUGCUUCGUGUUUGACUUCACUGACCCAACAAAGAACCUGAAAGAAAAGGAAAUCAAACGGCAGACUCUGCUAGAGCUUGUGGAUUUUGUUACUUCUGCAAAUGGGAAGUUCACAGAAGCUGUCAUGCAAGAAAUAAUAAAAAUGGUAUCGGUGAAUUUGUUUAGAGCGUUCACAUCCCCACCGCGUGAGAACAAGAUUCUAGAAGCCUUUGAUUUGGAAGAGGAGGAACCUUUAAUGGACCCUGCAUGGUCACACCUGCAAAUUGUGUAUGAGUUCCUUCUGAGGUUUGUUGCAUCCCCUGAGACAGAUGCAAAGUUAGCUAAAAGGUACAUCGAUCACUCAUUUGUUCUCAGGCUGCUAGAUCUCUUUGACUCUGAAGAUCCCAGAGAGAGGGAAUAUUUGAAAACAAUUCUACACCGUACCUAUGGAAAAUUUAUGGUACACCGCCCAUUCAUCCGGAAAGCUAUCAAUCACAUCUUCUACCGUUUUAUGUUUGAAACAGAGAAGCAUAAUGGGAUUGCUGAAUUGUUAGAGAUUUUGGGCAGUAUAAUCAAUGGGUUUGCUCUACCGCUGAAGGAAGAGCACAAACUGUUUCUUGUUCGAGUUCUGAUUCCACUUCACAAACCAAAAUGCAUACCCAUGUACCAUCAGCAGUUAUCUUACUGCAUUACACAAUUUGUAGAGAAAGAUUGUAAGCUUUCUGAUACUGUUAUAAGAGGCCUAUUGAAGUAUUGGCCAAUCACUAAUAGUUCAAAAGAGGUCAUGUUCUUAGGUGAGCUGGAGGAGGUUUUGGAAGCGACUCAGCCUCAAGAGUUCCAGCGCUGUAUGGUACCAUUAUUCCGCCAGAUUGCUCGUUGUUUGAGCAGUUCACACUUUCAGGUGGCAGAAAGGGCUCUGUUCUUAUGGAACAAUGAUCACAUCGAGAACUUAAUCAAACAAAACCGCAAAGUUAUACUGCCCAUUAUCUUCCCUGCCUUAGAGAAAAAUGCAAGAAGCCACUGGAAUCAGGCAGUUCAGAGCUUGACACUGAAUGUACGCAAGAUCUUCUCUGAUAUUGAUCCUGGCUUAUUUGAGGAGUGCUUGGUCAAGUUUCAGGAGGACGAAGCAAAAGAGAAGGAGAUCAAAGCAAAGCGUGAGGCCACCUGGAAACGGUUAGAAGAGAUUGCUGCAUCAAAAGCUGCAAGUAACGAAGUCGUUCUUGUUACUCGAGUAUUCCUCCCCCAUGCAUCUGUGGGCUAGAGAGAUUAAAGAGAUCUGUUGGUAGUUCCUUCCAACGGUCUCAAAUUUCCAAUUGGUGUGAGAGCAAUGAAACAGGUGACAAGCUUUAGGAGGUGGAAUGCUGUUCUUCGUACUCUAGUUGCUCACCCUUAGUUACUUCUGAUUGUUUUGGGUUGUCGGGUCCCAGAGGGUCAACAGCAUCACUGUACAGGGAACAAACUGGCCCAAACUUCUGGUUUUAUACACAGAUUGUAUAUAUGAGGGACAAAGCAUAUGGGGUUUACAAGCAACUGCAGUUCACAAUCAUAGAGGAAGAUGCUUAGUAAUUCUGGCUUUUCUUGGUUGAUGUUAUAAACUCUAAAGGGUCACAUAGAGGAGCUACAAGUCAGAGGUAUCUACCUACCUAAGCACAUGUACUUCUUUUGCUUCUAUUGGUUCCGGAAUGCGAAUUAAACCACUCAAUCAUCAUUUAUUUAUGUGUAUGCCUUUAUUUUUAUUUCUUUCAAGAAUGGAAGUGUUUAUUG